GCACCACAUUCACAAUUAUAAAAGCCCACUCCACGUCAUCAUCCUCAACCUUUCCGAGAACCAGAAACAAAGAACAUCAAGAAAGGAAAACGUGUUACCCUCUUCUCUCUCUCUCUCUCCCCAACAAUUUGGCGCCUUCCUUCUGCUUUCGAUUUCCUCUUUCAGAGUGGAUUUCUUCUCGAAGAUGCGACGCUCUGCGGCCAAGAAGACGGGUCAAUCCAAUUCCACUCCCAACGCCGCCGCCGAUCUCUUCCGCUCCGCUUCAAGUAAGGCAAGCUCGAAGGAAUCAGAACGAAUUGAUAGUCUAUUCUAUUCGUAUGCCAAUGGGUCUACUGGGUUGAUUGACCCAGAAGGAAUUGAAACGCUUUGUGCUGAUAUGGAGGUGGAUCAUACAGAUGUGAGGGUCUUGAUGCUUGCGUGGAAAAUGAAAGCUGAGGAGCAAGGAUAUUUUACCUUGGAUGAGUGGAGGAGAGGCUUAAAAGCAUUAAGGGCUGAUACAGUGAGUAAAUUGAAGAAGGCACUCCCAGACCUAGAAAAAGAGGUCAGGAGGCCAUCAAACUUUGCUGAUUUCUAUUCUUAUGCUUUCCAAUACUGUUUAACAGAGGAGAAACAGAAAAGCAUUGACAUAGAGAGCAUUUGUGAAUUACUUACUCUUGUUUUGGGUUCAACAUUUCCUGCACAAGUCAGCUCAUUUGUGGAAUAUUUGAAGACUCAAAAUGAUUACAAGGUCAUAAACAUGGAUCAAUGGAUGGGAUUUUUCCGCUUUUGCAAUGAGAUAAGUUUUCCGACCUUUAAUGACUAUGAUCCUGAACUUGCCUGGCCCUUGAUCCUGGAUAAUUUCGUUGAUUGGGUGCAAGAAAAGCAAAAAUAAUCAUUGCACUCCUAUAAGAGAAACUGUCAGAUUGCAACUAAAUCAGAUGGGAUGCCAGUGGCUCGUUUAUUGUACUUAACUAGUCAUUAUUGUUCUUUUGUUGGUCCAAUUUCUUUUUGGGCAUUUUAAACACAAACCAUUAUUAUUAUUAUUAUUUCUUUUUAAAUUUUAAAUUUUAUCUAUAGGUGCAGUUGAGGCUAGAUACAAGCUUUACAUUGUGAUUACUACUGCCAAUGCCAACAUCAUUUAUCAUACGUAAGAGCUUUUAUAGAACUAAAUUGAGUGAGAACAGUCUUAUGUUGUCGUAAUUAUAUACGAUACAAUUUUAUUUUAGUUUAUUCUCCCUGUUAGUGUGUGCGCUGUAUGUACAUGAAUCAAGCUAAUUUUUUUCAUGAGAGUUA